AUGAAUAAUUAUCAAAUUAAUCUUCCUGCUAAAACAAAUAUUGAAUUCAUACGUGAUACAUUACGUAGUAAUAAAAAGAACCUCAAGAAAGAAAUGCAAGAAUUUGAUACAACAAGAAAUGAAUUAUUACGAAAACUUGAAGUUUUAAAAAAGAAAGAAGAAUUAAAACAACGUACAAUGUUAAUUUCAAUUAAUGAAGAAGAUCAGUUAAGUUCAUUAAGUGCAUAUAUUCAACAAUCAGAAAUUGAACCAUUAAAUAUACAUCAUGAAUUUUACUCAAUGAAAAUUCAACAAAUCACUAAUGAUCUCGUUUCUAUGUUUCAUUCAAAGACUUCUGAUUCAAGUUUAUUUAAUACGAAUCAAUUUAGCAAAAUAUUCGAUCAUUUGAAAACUUAUGAACAAAUUUUAAAUAAACAAAAAAUUAACAAUGAUAACAAAUUAAAACAUGUUGAAGACGAAAUUUCUAUAGCACGAGGAUAUUCAUUAUUUGACAGUCUUGUUCGUGAACAAAUGGACAAUCUAAUAAAACAACCAAAUGAAUUUGCACAUCAUAAAGAAUUAAUUAUUAAAAUGCAAGCAAUUCUAAAUGAGACAAUCAAUCAAUUUCAUUCAUUAUUUAUGUUUGAUUUUGAACACGACAAAAAUCAAGAAUUACUUAAACAAAUGAAACAGAGAGAUAGUCAAAUAGAAAUUCAAAUUUCUUUCACAAUCGAUAAUCAACAAACAGUUGAAUAUAAAAAAUCUAAAACUUCAAUAAAAUCAUCAACUAUCAAUGAAAAAUCUCUUGAUACAAAUCAAAUUAAUGAACAAAUACAUGAAUAUUUGAACAAUUAUGAUACAAUUUUACAAAAACAUAUACAAAAUGAUCAAGCAGAACUUUCUAAAAUACAAACUGAUAUUGAUCAAGUAGAAAUUCAAACAGAUAAAUUAUCGUCUACCCAUAUAGAACAAGAAUCAAAUAAAAUAAUGCAUCAACAAACGACUGAUACUAUUGAAGAUCUUCAUCGAUUAAGUAUACUUCUAAAACAAAAAGAUAAAAUUCCUCUCCUAAUUCAUAAUAAUUUAGAAACAUCUCUUGAAAAAUUUCAACAAGAAAAUAAUCGCGAAAAACAAAUUGAUAUACAACUUCAAAUCUUAGAUAAAAUAGAUCAAUUAGAUAACCAAUUCAUUAAUCAUAAAACUUUAGAAAAUCUUCGUAAACAUCUUCACGAAGAACAACAAAAACAACAACAAGCUUCAUUAAAUCUUUCAUCAGAUAGACAAAUGCAUAGUGAUACUCAUAUUCAAAUUAUGCUUGUUCCAACUCAUCUAUCAAAAUCAUCAACAAUGACGAUUGACAAAGAAAAACAAAUUAAAAAUAUUUCACAUCAAACCUGCUAUUAG